GCUCGGACGUUGUAGUUUCGAUGAGCUCUGAGAUUGCGGCUCUCUCGUUCUGACUGCAGCAGCUUCCGUCACUCAUGUAGCCGAAGAUGGCCCUUGCCAGCCGGGCUGUCGCGGUGGUAGCACUGUCGCUGCUCUACCUGUGCGGCGGGAUCAUCUCCACGGAGUUCUUCUCCACGCUCACGCUGUUCAACAACGAGCUCCACAAGCAGGGAUGCAGCUCGCUGUCCGAGUGGGAGGACUACGCUGCGGACUGCGAGUCGUCUGUUUUGCAGUUCGAGGACCCAGACUGCGUGGAGGGAAGCAACCCGCCCUGCGAGUCGGUUUUCUCCCUCAACGCUGAAAAAAUCCUGAACCAGGCCAAGUUGUUCAUAGAGCAAAAAAAAAUCCCCUUCCCUGUAGACAACCAAAACACAAACGAGGAACUGGCCAUAUGCUACGUUCUGAUAGGAAACGGUCUUUAUGAUGAGGCCAUUAAACAUUUCUCCCUCUUGCUGCAGAGCGACCCGGAGUUGGUCAGCGCCAUCUAUGGAAGAGGGAUAGCUUACGGCAAGAAAAGCCUGCAGGACAUAAAGAACGCAGACCUGGCGCUGUACGAGCUCAACCGGGUCAUCGCACUGGAGCCGAACUGGCCCGAAGUCUAUGAGCAGAGAGCCGAGAUUUUGUCGCCUCUGGGUCGGAUCAGUGAGGCUCUGGGUGACCUCACCAAAGCCAUCCAGCUGCAGCCGUCAGCUCGCCUCUACAGGCACAGAGGAACUCUGCUCUUCAUCUCCGAGGAUUACGUUGCAGCCAUGGAGGACUUCCAGAGCUCCUUAGAGCUGAAGAAGAAUCAGCCCAUCGCCAUGCUUUAUAAGGGCCUCACCUUUUUUCACAGAGGAAUGCUGAAGGAAGCCAUCGAUGCAUUCAAAGAGGCUUUGAAGUUGAAGUCUGACUUCAUCGACGCAUAUAAGAGCCUCGGCCAGGCUUACAGAGAACUGGGGGAUUUUGAAUCAGCGAUGGAGAGUUUCCAGAAGGCCCUCAUGCUGAACCAGAACCACAUCCAGUCUCUGCAGCUUCGAGGCAUGAUGUUGUACCACCACGGCUCUCUGCAGGAAGCCAUCGGGAACUUCAAGAGAUGCCUCCAUUUGGAGCCCUACAACGAGGUGUGUCAAUACAUGAAGGGGUUGAGUCACGUGGCCAUGGGUCAGUUCUAUGAGGGCAUCAAAGCUCAGACUAAAGUCAUGCUGAACGACCCCCUCCUGGGACAAAAGGCCAGCUCCGAAUACCUCAAAGUGAAAUACCUCAGAGAAUAUUCCCGUUACCUGCAUUCCCACCUGGACAUCCCUGUAGCGGAGUACAACGUGGACCAGGACUUACCGGGGCAUUUUAAGAACCACUGGGCCAAAAACCUGCCGUUUUUAAUAGAGGACUAUGAGGAACAGCCCGGCCUGCAGCCACAUAUAAAAGACGUUCUGCCUCAGAACUUCGACAGCUACAGCACCGAAGUCCAGAAGCUGAUCUGCGCGGCCGACCAUCUGGGCGCGCUGAUGCAGUACGACACGCCUGGGUUCCUACCGAACAAAAGAAUACACAGAGCGAUGGGGUUGGCAACGCUGGAGGUGAUGCAGGCGAUGCACCGGACCUGGAGCAGCUCCAAAGUGCGAGUCAACGGAAAGACCCGGCAAAUGCAGUGGAGAGACAUGUUUGACAUAGCCGUCAAAUGGAGGAGGAUCGCAGAUCCAGACCAGCCGGUUCUGUGGUUGGAUCAGAUGCCAGCCAGGAGCCUCAGUCGAGGCUUCAACAAUCACAUUAAUCUCAUCAGGGGUCAGAUUAUAAAUAUUAGAUACCUGGCCUACUUUGACAACAUCCUAGAGUUUAUUAAAGACAGAAUAUUAGUGUACCACGGGGCGUACAACCCAAGAGGCCUCCUGGAGGUCCGCCAGGCACUUGAAAAUGUUAAUAAAGUAGAAGAUCUUCUGCCAAUAAUGAAGCAGUUUAACAGUAAAACCAGAGAUGGAUUCACUGUGAACUCCAAGGUGCCGAGUGUGAAGGAUCCUGGGAAGGAGUACGACGGCUUCACCAUAACCAUCACCGGAGACAGGGUGGGGAACAUGUUGUUCUCUGUAGAAACCCAGACGACAGAGGAGCGGACGCAGCAGUACCAGUCAGAGAUUGAGAACAUCUACAAAGACCUGACAGUAAAAGGGAAGGCGCUGAUGCUGUCCACCGAGCUGGGGGACGCAGAUGCAGUGUGCAACCUGAUCCUCUCUCUGAUUUAUUACUUCUGCAACCUCAUGCCUCUAUCCAGAGGAUCCAGUGUGGUGGCGUAUUCGGUGGUGAUGGGGGCGCUGAUGGCAAGUGGGAAGGAGGUCAUCGGUAGAAUCCCAAAAGGAAAGUUGGUAGAUUUUGAAGCCAUGACGACACCAAGUCCAGAAAGUUUCAGUAAAACAGCAAAGAGCUGGAUGAAUCUAAAAAGUUUACCCAGUUGGUACCGAAGUCUUCCGUCUGUAGCAGAGACCUUCCCGUCCAUCAGAACGAUGAUCGAGGUCCUCAACACAGACUCGUCUUCACAUUGUCCAAAGAAGUCUUAAAACAUCUUCCAGCGCUCAGAGAAAUCUGUCAAAUAAAGUCUUAACAAUGGAGCUUCUGCACAAUAACAGUAAAGGAACAAACUUCUACAUCCCAAACAAAACUGCACUGAAACGAGCCAAAAUAUUCUAAAUUCAUACCAAAAAGUGAACCUUGAUCUCAUUUGUGGAAUAUUCUCAGUCUUACUUAUUUGUUUACCAUCACUCUUGGCUUCACAUGUAUUAUAACUUGACAUAUGACCCCAAAAUCGUAAAGCAUAUUAGCUGCUACUUAAUAAUGAACAAAAAGAUGGUUAAAAUUGAUCGCUAAAGUGCUUCUCUGGUUUGAAUCUUAUAGAUUAUUAAAUAAACACUGCUGCCAGAUAGUAGUUUUAUUUGUUUUGACCUCAAUAUCAAGCUUUAAACAGAUCUUUCAAUUUUCACUGCAAAAGUCCCAACAUUUUGGGUCUAAUUCAUAGCGAACCAUCUUAGUUCACUUGAAAUAAUAAUAAUAAUAAUAAUAAAACUAACUUACAAGAACCUUUUUAGCAGGAUAUAGGAGCUUGUUUUAAUUAAAGAAUUGAUGGAAAAGUUCUAGUUUCACUGGCGCCGUUACCUAGACACGGAGUUCCAGUGGCAGAUCGUUUCACUGUCAACAUGGGAAAAUGUCUUGUUUUAAGUGAAAUAAUCUGCGAAUGAAACUAGAACUUUGUCAUCAAUAUUAAUAAAUUACUGACUUAAAACGAGCUGCUGCUUAUAAGUUUUGUCUUAUUUCAAGUAUAUUAAGAUCUUUGAACUUGAAACUAGACCCAAACAUAUUGGGCAAGAUGCUUUUGUAGUUUUGUUUGGGAUGUAGAAGAGAUUUUGUCCGCCUUUGCUCUUCCUCUGCUUCGUUGGCCUGAAGCACCCAAAGCACAAAACCCAUCCGCAUGAGGAACCCUCUGAACAAAACCUCAUUUUAAAAUGCCUCAACUGUAAAAUAGGGUGCUAGAAAUAUUGUAGGUUUAGGUCAGCAUCUAAAAAACAAAAUGGGGAAAGAACUGCAGACUGUAAUUGGCACUUUAAAAUCUUCCUUGUGAACACAAUCAAUCAAGCCGAUCAGCAGAGAAGAGUUCAAAGUUAAAACCAUUUGGAACAACUUUCAGGGCUACUGAAUUUUCCUUGGGAUACUUGAAGCAGUCUUUUUAUUUUUAUUAUUCUCAGCUCUUGCAAUCACUUUUUUAAAAGGUUCUGUUUUCAUGCAUCUUUCGGAGAUGUUGGAGGACUAAAUAAAAAUGUAUUUGUAAUCUUAAAUCUGCUUCUGGUAGCUGAUAUACAUGUUUAACUCAAUCAAAUCUGUUCCCUAAACUGUUAUGGGCUUAUUUAGAUAAUUUAAUACAAUGUGAAUUUUGUGCUAAAAAUAAUCAGUAUUCCUUUUCUGGACAUUUUAUACAAAAUGAUAAAUGGAUUAAUCGGCAUUCAGAGUAGUUUUAUAAUUUGUCUCCAGAACCUGUUUGGUUAAAUUUUGUUAUAACCAGCUGAAAAACUUGUUAAAAUAAGAAUGUUUCUUACUAUAAGAAGAUGAAAAAUUCCCCAAAAUUGGUUUUUUCUUUAAGUUUCAUGGCUCAUCACUUGAAAGUUUCUCCAUAUGACAACAUUUCUCGUUUUAAAAAGAUGCAAAACUUGUGAAAAUGAGUUUCUUGAAUUAAUACGUUUUUCGUUUCUCAUUAUAACGAGAUUCAAACUCUUAAAAAUUAGUUUCUCAUUAAAUCAUGAAGUUUCAUAUCUCAUAUCAGCAAAGUAUCGUUUUAAUGAAAUGUAAUUUUAAUUAAAGUUAGUUUCUAACAGGUUUUUCUUCAUAGUGAGUUUCUCAAUAUGACAAGUUAAAAAUAAAUUUCUCAUUAAAACGGGAAAUUUAAUAUGUUAUGACAAGUUUUUUGUCUUAAGUUUCUCAUAAGGAGAUGCAAAACUCAUAAAAACCAAGAGUUUCUUGUUGUAAUGGACGUUUCACGUCGUGCUAUAACAAGAUGCAAGGUUUGGUGACAUCAGUUUCUUGUUUUAACUGUUUCUCAUUAUAAUGUGAUGUAAAAUUUGUAAACACAAGAAAGUUUCUUGUUUUAAUGAGAUACUGCUCCUGAAUUUAUUUCCAAACUCUGACAGUUAAACAUUUCCAUACUUUUCUAUUUAAAUUUGGUAUUUAUUUUAAAGUUUUUGUCCUCUAACGUCUCUGACUGCUCGAUCUUUAACAUCGAAUCUUAACUAUGGCAAGCGGGCUAAAUUUGUAUUUUCCAAUUCUUAGAAAAUUGGUUUAGAAAAGACUUUUGUUUUAUAAUCCCUGAGAAUCUUAAUCAGAUUUUAAUUUUGAAUAUUGGAGGAACAGAUUGAGAUGGUUUGAAAGAAAUAAAUAAAGCAGAAAUAUGAUUUAAUUGUGUUCAAAAUGAGAUGUUUUGGACUAUCCUCUCAAUCAUAGAAAAGCAUGUCUGAAGCCGUAAUGCUGUGUACUGUUACCUGACCUAAAGCACAAGGAAGACGUUCUCUGAAACUCUCCUGUGAUUAUUAAAGCCUUAAAUAAUAAAUUUGUGAAAACUGAAAGUCAAUACAAUCCUAUAUUGUCUUUCAUCAUCAACCUGCUUUGUUUAAAAGAUCUUGUUAAUUUAUUUAAUGCAUGACAUACAGUCAGAAACUUCUGCUUUUCCUCUAAUUUUCUGUUUGUGCUUUCUGGUUGUAAUCAUCUCCUUUUUCCAGGACAUUUGGUAAUUAACUGCUUCAGUGGGCUUUAGAGUUAGAGGGGAGAAAAUCUUUCAAUAUUACUUUCUAAAACUUGAAGGGAUGAGUUUUUCUUAUUGAAUGAAUGUUAAACAGUCAAUAAAACUGGGCUGGAAUUUCA